AUGGCGGCGCCCCAUCAGCCGCGACAGGAGCAUGCCAUACAGAUAGCGGGCAGCGCGGACAAAUGGCAGGCCGCGCCGCCCGGGAACUGGGCCACGCCACACCACGCCGAUGACAGAGUGCGGCCUCGCAACAUGAAGAUCAACGAGCGGCCGCCAGGCAAUAACUUGCCCCGCGACCGCUACUGCCGCCAAAGUGCUCCUGAGCCCCUGCCCCCACGCCCAACCCUGCCCCCACGCCCAACCCUGCCCCACACGCCCCGGCACGCCCCCGCCCUGCUCGUCACAACCCUCCGCCCGCCACCCGCCCCCGCCCCCGCCCCUCCCGCCUCCCCCCGAGCCUCUGGGGCGACCCCACGGGAAGAGGAGGUGGAGGAGCUUCUAGGAGCUUCUAGGAGCUUCUGGGAGCUUCUAGGAACAUCUAGGAUCCACCAAGAGCAGCUAGAAUCCUGA